UGUUUUCUUCGGGAAAUCUCCCUCACAGCACAUCUGCCAACACUGCUAAAAUGUCGGACGUAAUGACUUUUCUUUUCAUUGCAAUGACUGCCUCAAGUUUGCACUGCAGCCAGUGAUUUUGAAUGCAAAAUUUUACCAAUUUAAAUCAGUGUUCAGUGCAAUUAAGUGCAACCCGCUGGUGCAGCUCGGGUCGAAAAAGCGAAAGACGUUGAAGAUUGGAAGCGUAGUAGACGUCCGGUUGAGGAAAUUGGGCUGAAAAAGUCGACGACGGUGGGCCCCAUUCACACGACGACGACGACGGAAGAGAAGGCAGUAGAAAUUCCAUUGUGUUUUGGUGCUCCACCGCGGGGCUGCUGCGUGGUGUUUAGAAACUAGUUGAAAAGGUGUGGGGUUAGGAAGUACAUAGAGAUCGUGAGACAUUUUCACCCCACCGAAGGGAGUGACUUGGCGUUUACGUGCGCGGAGUGGGAUUAGUUGGAUUAAGUGCUGGAAGAUUUUCGCGGAACGCAACGUGCUGUAUCCAAAGCUAGCUUGAAGAGGGAAGAAGAGUGCAAAAGGCGGCAGGAGCAAUGGACGAUGAAAGUAGUGACAGCUUGGAGCUGAGCAGGAGCAAACGGAAUGAACGUAUCGAAAAGCUGGGAUUCCGUCCGCAGAAGGAACUGUUUUGUAACAAGUUUCUUCCUUACGCGGAUCGACUGGACGAUGAGUCGCAAGCCAUGCUGGAGAACAUCAAGAACAACCUGGGCAAGGCGGCCGCUAUGCGGGAAAUCACCCCCGGGGUGUCGAUCUACGUGUCGCGACUGAUGAAGUACAUCAAGCUGUAUGGGAUGAAGUUCUCCAAGGAGGAUCACAUAAAGUUUGUUAAGUUACUUCUCGAGCUGAUUAGCAUUCCCAAUUUGGAACCGGAUAAGGUCAACAAAUUCUGCUAUGCCAUUACUAGCCUGUUGAGAAAACCGGAAUGGCUCAGCCCGGAUGAUAUCCAGAUUGAUUGGCGUCCGCUGUACAAGCUUUGCAAUUUGAUCCUAAACAAGAACUGCAGCAAAGGUGAUCUGUACCGUUAUUUUGCAUGGGAUACAAAUAGAAGCAAGUCUAUGAAAAACGCGUCGCCGUUGGCCAUGUUGCUCAAAGCUGCCAGCGAAAUGGGUUACGAUGUUUCAUCCUUUCUGGCAAGCCAUUCUGCCGGCGAUGAUGAUGAUGAUUUACCAUCGUUGGAGACGAAUUUGCAGUUCGUAAUCCAGUACUGCGCUCCAUACUUCCCUCGUUCUGCGACGCAGGAAAUUCUCGAUGAGUUGCUGCCCAAACUGCAGCCCCUGGACACGGGCAAAAGUUUCGACACGUUCGGACUGUUGCACAUCUUCCUGAGCUGCGAACACGACUACGAUUUGUGGUUUGACAAGUUUAUGACCAUUUGGGAUGCGUAUCACAAUCCACCGUGGAGCAUCGACAUGAUGACGAUAUUCGCGACGGUCGGAUUCAAGAACAUCGGCUACAUCGAUUGGGAACCGUAUAUUCCGACGAUGUUUGCACGAAUUCUACGGUCGAUCGACUUCCCGGUUAGCUACAAGAGUACGAAGAGUUCCAAAUUGCAAGGUUUGGCCCCGCAGUCGAUCGCCAUUUGGAUUGUGUCCGUUUUGGGACCGAAGAGUUCCGCUCAACAGUAUCUGAACAAGUUUAUGGCCACAAUCGAGUCGUACUUGCAUCCGGCCAAUAUGGGCAAGUGGGUGUCGAUGCUAGGGGAGAUCUUGAUACAGCUGCCGAAAUAUUUCUUCGAUCGGUUGAUCCUGGAAAGGUAUCGUAAGCAUCCCUACAGGAAGCCUAUUCCAGAAAGCCACAAAUUGACGGAGGAAUGUAUAACCGCGUUUGUAGAGUGUAUGAAACCGGUCGCCUUCCAGGCCAUGUAUUCUCGGAUCAACCCCCAAGACGUGGGCAAGAUCUUCCAGCACUUGGCCGAUUUGCGACCGGAGUUAAUCAUUCCAUCAAUCAUUGAUCGUGUUUAUGCUAGCUUGGAUUCACUGACGGAGCCACACAAAAUGACUGCCGCACUACAGAGUCUGAUUAGCGUUUCGAGGGCACUGGUUUCCGCCCACAAUGGAUACACGGAAGGUCGGAAUCACGUGAUUCCUAUUUUCUUCGCAACACUUCCGGGUAUUGACCCGAAUGAUUUUAAAAAGACAUCCAUAACAUUCCAUUUCUUGACGUCGAUCUCGUUCCUGAUACCAAUUACGGACUGUUCAAAGGCGGGUCUUUACCAUGAACUUACGGAUGAUGAGCGACUCUUGUGCGAGCAGACGGCAGACUUUGAGGAUUUUGUACUGCAGUACAUGGAUCGGAUCUUCCUUCUGAUCGAAAGUAGCUCGGUAGAUAACGUUCGGAUGGAGCAGUCGGACGCCGAUAAUAUGCGUUCCAAGAUGGAAUCGAUCUCCGAAGCACUGGUUCAGGCUUGUACUCAUGGAAUCCUAGGGCAGUGCUCGAAGGAUAUUUUGAACUCCUCAUCCCGGAAACUGAUCGAUUUCGUCAAAACCCGCCUAUUGGAACCGAAAGUCGCCGGUCAGCUAGUGGGGUGUUUAGUGCGGGUAUUCUCCAGAAUCCAUGGCAAGGAAGUGCUCCGGGCGUUGGUACCUUAUGUGCUACAGACGAUCGAACGCUACAUCGAUGAUCACGACGAUAUAGCCGAAGUGGAAAAGAUGAGCGAUGAGAUGCUGUACUACUUACUGCUACUUACCAACAUGAUGCGUGGAGAUCCGGGGGAGAUCGUGAAGUACGUGGACGAUACUUUGCCGAUCAUAGAUCAAAUACUUAAGUUCAAAUGCAAGCAGGCGAAUAAAUAUGGCUCCACAAUGGUGGCGAAUUUGAUGAGCAACCUUUCCACCAUGCAGACACUGGAUGUGAAAAAUAGUCCAGAAAGUUUCGAAAAACCGCUAUCGGAAUUCUUACCCAUCAGAAGCUGGGGCGGGAAGAUGGCAUGCGAUGGGAAAAUCGAUUGGUGUUUUCCCGGAGAGGAAUCGCUAAAGGUAUGCGAGAAGCUGAUGCAUCGGUACCUGGUUCCGAUUCUGGAAAACUUCGGGAAACAUUGCGCCGGCGAGUUGGAACUGAGCCGUGACGAUAUCAAUCGGGAUGUGACCGUAAUCCAAUCGUUAAUUAGGUGCUCAAAUUUCUUGCCGAAUUGGGAUGACGAAGAACCGCUAAAGAUGCUGGAAACUUGCCUGGAUCGCUCGGAAAUGAAGUACAACGUCACAAGAGGCUUUGACGACCUAACUAUCAAGAUGCCAGAUGGAGGAAAUGUUAGGAGAGCAAUAAUCAAAUCGCUCAGCGCAUUGCAACGUCACAUCAUGCUCAAAUCGGAAGACGACAUAAAAUCCCUCAAAUCAAUUCUCAUGGUGUACGAAAAGAUCUUCAUCCGGAAGCACUCGAACAGUGCGUUCGACGUUCAGGUGAAAAACUUCAACAACACUAAAAAGUUUCAAACGUACAAGCUUACCCGGUACAAACGGGACGUACGGGCGGUGGUCGCUACUCGGGUCAUCAUGCAGCAGGACUGCCGGGACGAGGUGGAUCAACCGUUGUUCUCGGCCACCCAUCUGGAGGUAAUGAUGAAUCUGCUGGAGCUGUCCACUUCACACUACAGCAGUGUUCGGGCGUCUGCUCAGAGUAAGCUUUUUACGAUGUUGGCGACGUUCUCGUUUAGCUACCGAUUCCUGGCGGAUAAGAUCGUUGAACACCUCCAGAUGGAUUCCAAUGAGAAGCAUGAGCAGUUCAAGGGCAUCCUCUUCAUCCUGGUAUCGAACCGCCGAUCCCGUCUGGUCAUCAAACACGACUGGGAAUUCCUGCAGCGGAUAUGGUUGGCCCUGCUCCAGUCCAAAUUGUCCGAAAAGCCAUCAGUUGUAAAGUUGCUGGAUGCCGUGACGGACGUAAUCAACAACGAGUACCCCACAACAACGACCGAACUGAUCGUUCCGGAUUCAUGCGUGGAAUGUGGCCUGGCUUUACGAACCCGUGGGGACACGUUGGACCUGGAAGCCGGCCACCAGGCAAGACUUGCCAAAAACAAAAGAAAUCUCGAAAUUUACUACGACCUGAUUGCAAAAAUCCUUGCCACCGUUGAGAAUGACAAACUGCACUGGCGGUAUCACUACCUGGCGACGUCGAUGCUCUACAACCUGGUGCAUCCGUUGACACCUUUCCCACCCACUGUGGCCCAGUUUGCGGUCAAUAAUUUGAUUCACGACUCACUGGACGAGCGAAAGAUGGCGAACUGCUUGUUGAACCACAUUUUACGCCAACAGAAACGGGAGCAUGUUAAGAUCGUCGUCAACCCCUACGAAAUUGCUGGCAUUCCGGAUAAGGCUCCUCUGAAUGGGUCCAGCGUUGAACCUGGCUAUCGAGAGGACAACCAAUGGUUACAAUACGACGUUGAAAAGGUUCCAAAAAACCAGGAAGAAUGGGACCAGCCUCGCUACAUGUAUAAGACAGAUGGAUACUUCGGUUGGAGUAGCAACUUUUCCGUUUAUGCGCCUAGUGCAGACCAACCAAAACUUGAUCGAACCCCCGAGGAAAUGAACGAAUGCGAAAGGGUUAUCUAUCAGUUCUUCAAUCAACAAGGCAAUAUAGAUAAACUUAUCAAGUUUUGGUCUCUAGAAGAGAAGAAGGGUCGUGAUAAAUUCAAUCGCAAUAGAUUUUGUAUGAUCAAGGGAUUGAUGAAUGCGUUUGGGGAUCUUUUCCUGAAUAAAUUCGUGAGUCAUUUACGUCCCCUUAUUGAGGACAAGGCAUCAGAGAGUAGCCACCGCUGUGCCGCUGAAAUAAUGGCUGGUAUCAUGAGAGGUGCCAAACAUUGGCCGUACGAUAAAACUGCCAAAAUGUACCAGGACUUGGUCCCAUUGGUUCGGUUGGCCUUGAACAACGUGACCGUAGACACCGACCUGUACUGGGGAACGUGUUUUGCUACCGCCGCUGAAUACAUGGAUCCCUCGAAACAAUUUUGGCUCCACGAGGCCCUUCUGGAAGAUCCUCUUCAGGAAACGACCAGCUUUAUCGACUGCAAUCGGUUGUACUGCUUGCAGGGGGCGUUCAACCAGCACGUCUGGCGGAUGACCAGUGUCGCAAAACGUCUGCUAGAAUACCUUCGACCGUAUCUGAACCAUUCGUUCCAAAACGUGCGGGAACGGCUCGGUAGCACCCUGAUUAACAUCUUCGAGGCGGACUUGCGAUUUGCAGGAUCCCAUGGAUUGGAAUUAUCGCCCAAGAUAAGCGACAUGAUUGGAUACGUUAGGCCCAAGUUAAGUGUUUUGCUGAAAGAGGAUUGCCCCAUGAUUGACGUUGCGAUGGGCAGCGACAACAAAAUGGACGUGUCCGAGGACGCCGGCGAAAAUUCCAAAAAAGAAGAAAGCGAAUACGAAGUGGCUGUCCGGUUGUUUAAAACAGUGGCUCAAUGGCUAACAUGCGCCAUCAACCGUUGUUCCAAUGGCAACGAAAUAGAAUACUUCGAACUACUGCCGAUCGCUUGCCGGCUGGAACGUUCCGAGCAGGAUCAAGAGCUGGCGGAAAUUUGCACCACCCUGUUGGCCAUGAUCUCGCAGGCGCUCACACUGGUCCCAUGCAUGGAUGCCGCACUGACCAAAAUAGACGAAAUCUCCAAAAUGACAUCGUGGUCCGCUCGGCGAUCGGUCAUCGACGUGCUCCAGGUGUUGGUGUUCUACAAUAUGACAAUAAUUUUGAGCAACGAGAAGUGGAAAAUGAAAACGCAGGAAAUCGUCCUGCGGCUGCUGGAGGACAAUGUCGUGGAAGUCCGUGAAAAAGCUGCCGAAGUACUGUGCGGACUGCUGCACUGUUCUUUUCUGACGGCUACCGACGAGCUGCUGGAAUUGUUCAAGGAAAAGUGCCGCACGAAGAUGAUCAAAGCCAAGCGUUUGAAGGUGGCCGCAAGCUGUUCCAACGAAGUCGCCAAAAACGAAGAAGAAGCGAACGCCGUCCGUGCUCGCCAUUCCGGCGUGCUUGGUUUAUGUGCCUUUAUCUCUGCGUAUCCAUACGAAGUGCCUGAGUUCGUACCGAAUGUGUUCGAACAUUUAGGAGCGCAUCUGAACGACCCACAACCAAUCCCGGCAACGAUUAGGAAGACAAUGGGUGACUUCAAGCGAACUCAUCACGACAACUGGGAGGUCCAUCAGCUCAAGUUCACCGAAGACCAGUUGGCUGUGCUGAGUGAUUUAACGAUUCCACCAUCGUAUUAUGCUUAAACACUAGAAGACAUGGGGGGCAGGGGGUGGAUGUAGUAUUUUUUUUAAACAUGUGCGCUGUUUAGUUAGGUGUCAGGACGACCGUUUGAAGUGGACGGGUACAUGUGUAUUUUCGGUUUAAUAGGUUAUAGGUAAACAAAUCUAUACCAAUUGUAAAUAAGGUUUUUAUCAUGCAGAGUCGGCUGCACAGAUUUUGGUUUACGUCAACAUGCUUGCAGCUUUUUUUACUGUUCAUAUUCGUAUUGAAAGACUUUCUAUUUACAAAUAUUCUUUGUCUCUAUUAAACAAUCUAGGUUAAUUACAUUAUUAGAUUGAUGGUUCAGUUUUGCUUUUGUGUUCUCGCAGUUGUAUUUUUAGUUGGCAAAGUUUGCUUUUAUCGGUUUAUAAUGUUGUAAUAAAAUUAUGAACAUAAAAUUAUUAAA